GGAGGGCGAGAGGGAGCGAGGGAGAGAAUUUGAAAAAAAGAGAAAGAUGUCAUCCUGUCGAUUGAAACACCGAGGCGGAGCCAUGGACCGCGGCCGACCAGGAGCUCUCUAGUUAGGGGACGAGCUGUACGCAACGCCGAGGCUUGGGACCCGACGCUGCGGCCUUUUUCGGAGCUAUCGCAAAUAAAUGACUCCUGAACAGCUGCUGACUAUGAUUAGCACGUUUCGACUACAUCCUACUCAUCUUCUGUAUACAAAUAAUCUCUAUUUUGCAUGCAAUUCACCAAAUUUUAUUACAGUAGACAUAAGCAAAUGAUAUUAAAAUGCACCAUUAAAGCAAGCAUGAUACCAACCAUCUUGUCGCAUUUACAAAACCAUCUUGUCAGUGCCUGUUAAUAACCAACAGACUUCCAUAUUAAUUCAUAACUCAUAUCAGCUAAAUGCCUGAUCGGUGUUAGUAGGUAGAAGCUAAACAUCGCCGGUGUCAUUCCGUGUUUCCAUGACUUGCGCCGGUAGCAGGUAGAGGAGCUGCUACGGGCCUCGCGUUGUUUUCACAGCGGCGGUCGGAGCAUUUGUUCCCGGGCUCCGCUGCCCUCCUCCCUCCCCGCGUUGCUCCAGGCCGGUUCGCGCUCGCUGCCCGCAGGGUUCAGGAUGGACACCUCCUGGAGUAAUUUCCUCUUUCAGACGCCGUCGACUCAGAGCCAGCCGGAGACGCCUCUUCAGUCUGAGCUGCUGCCCGAGCUCACCGGCCCCGCUCAGAGUCCGCCGGCGGAGCACAUCGUGACGCCGCCGUCCACCGUCGACACCGCCGCCCUGAGCGAGGAGCCGCUACCUGUGAAACCGCUCACCAAGCCGAGCCGGCCGGCCCACAUCUGCGCCACCUGCAACAAGGAGUUCAAGAACAGCUACAACCUGCGGCGGCACCAGUCGGUGCACACGGGCAUCAAGAUGAAGGACCGGGCCGCCCGAGAGAAGGAGGACGCCGGGAAGGUGGCGCGGGUGGAGAAGCAGAUGGUCCCUCUCUCACUCCUCCACCUCACCCUGCCCACGCAGCCUCCUCCCCCCAAUGCCGUCCCGGAGACCCUCCCCCAGCCCGGUCAGCACGCCGACCAAGAGAGCCAGCAGGUCUCUGUGUCCAUCGCCCCGGCAACCGUAACCAUGGCUGCACCGCCUCAACCCAUCCAGGCAGCUGUUGUUGUCGUGGGCUCCAUGGAGCAGAAUCCAAAUCCCAAUCCCAACACCAACACCAACCAGGUGAGGAAGAACCACGCCUGCGAGGCCUGUGGGAAGGCCUUCAGAGACGUCUACCACCUGAACCGUCACCGUCUGUCCCACUCGGACGAGAAGCCCUACUCCUGCCCCAUCUGCCAGCAGCGCUUCAAGAGGAAAGACAGGAUGAGCUAUCACGUGCGCUCUCACCAAGGCGGCGUGGAGAAACCUUACAUCUGCCCCCACUGCGCCAAGGCCUUCUCUCGACCGGACCACCUGAACAGCCACGUCCGACAGGUGCACUCCACAGAGCGGCCGUUCAAGUGCACGACGUGCACGUCAGCGUUUGCCACUCGGGACCGUCUCCGCGCCCACCUGAUCCGCCACGAGGAGAAGGUGCCGUGUCACAUCUGCGGGAAGCUGCUGUCCGCCGCGUACAUCACCGACCACAUGAGGGUCCACAACCAGUCGCAGCAUCACGCCUGCCACCUCUGCAACCGCAGCUUCACCACCCUCACCUACCUGCGUGUCCACGCUCAGAAGCACCACGGCCAGGAGUGGAAGGAGAGCGGCGGGACGCGGGGGGGCUUCGGGGGGACGGGGGCCGGCGGAGUGCUGCUCUGCCAGCUGUGCGGGGUGCAGUGCAAGACGGCCACGCAGCUCCAGGGUCACAUGGGCACCCACGCCAACCAGGUGGACCCCGGCCCCGACCCGACGAGCGCGGGCCCCGUGGGCACCACCAGCGUGGCCGUCACGGUGUCCAGUGCUAGCACUGUGGGACUGCUAGUGACUGACUGCUCCAGCAUCGCCCCCCAGCCCCACAGCUAGCACGCUGGCAGGGC